AUGAAUGAACAACACUAUGAUGAGCCACCCAGGUCACCAUCUGGACCUCAAUUACAUCCUAUUGAAGAACGAGACAGUAGUCCAAAUUCUUCAGCAUCGACCGAAACAUUGGCCACGUCGCCCAAGAAGCAAACCAACGACGAGCCUCAAACACCAGGGCCAUCGAAGCAGCAGCUCGAACUAGAACAGCAAAACCAGCAGAAGACUCAACAUGGAAAUACUUCAACACCUUUAAACGAACAACGCCCGCCGCUCUUCUCACGUCCUUCUAUGGCUCGACGCCCGACCGAAUCUGGCAGCGUUUACUAUGGACACCAAACCCCUUCAUUGGCAAAUAGAACAUGGAGCCAACAACAGGCCAGUCAAUGGCCAACUCAUUCGUUGGCGGGUAAGAAUAUGAUGCCGAUUCAACCUCAAAUAUCACAACCAAACAACACCUAUGUCGACGCCGAGUACCGACAAAAGAACCCCAAAUAUGGACGAGAAAAUGAGAAGCCAAUUUGGGGUCUGGCUAAGCCUCUUCCCCGUGUAGUUAGGCCAGGGAUGCGCCGAGAUGAUAAAGAUCAAACAACAGCACAAGAAUCUGGGCCUCCGGGUGAAUCUGCACCUGCCCCAGAGCUGGGUGCAACGCCUGGAUUAUCAUCAUCACAGCCUGGAAAUAAUGGGCAGGGAUAUCAAAGCUAUUCAUCGACGGCGCAGCAGGGUCUAUCAAAACACAAUGCAGUGUACGCGCCACAGGCUGAUGGUCUUCUGCGUCCAAUGGAAUCAGAAGCCACCCAAGGCAAUCCGCAGGGUUCAAACCAACCGAUGGACGAAAAAUCACAAGAAGAAUUUUUGAAUUCGUGGGUCAAAAUCAGACAUUAUAUGAAGGAGCCAUUUGCAGAGUUCCUCGCGACAACCGUGGCCGUCCUCAUCGGGCUAUGCGGCACACUCUCUGUGUCAACCGGAGGAGAAUCAGCAGGAACCCGCCUCUCGGAGAACUGGGCCUGGGGUCUCGGGUUCAUGAUUGGGAUCUACCUCGCUGGUGGAAUUUCUGGUGCACACCUAAACCCAGGCAUCUCCAUUACGCUUUGGGUUUUCCGCGGUUUCCCCGGUCGACGAUGCUGCUACUACAUUGCUGCUCAACUCCUUGGCGCAAUCACGGCAGCUGGGUUGGCCUACUGCUUGUAUCGAGAUUCUAUUCUCAGCCUCGCGCCUACUGCUCCGCCGGGUACUUCGGGUCUUGGGCUUUAUACUGAGCCACUGAGUCAUGUUAGUCCUGCAACUGCCUUCUUUACUGAAUUCGUCGCCGAUGCGGUAUUACUUUGUGCCAUAUUUGCGAUGGGUGAUGAUAGUAAUGCUCCACCGGGUGCAGGUAUGCACUCGUUUGUGAUUGGAUUGGUAAUCUAUGUGCUUUGUAUCUGUCUUGGGUUUAACACUGGAGGAUGUCUGAAUCCCGUGCGAGACUUUGGGCCUCGACUCGUUGCCCUCAUGGCUGGCUAUGGUGGUCACACAUUCACCGAUCAUCAAGGCUGGUGGUUUUGGGGCUGCUGGGUGGCUACCAUCAGUGGUUGUCUAACUGGAGCUGUCCUUUACGAUACGUUUAUUUUUAUUGGAGGUGAAUCUCCCAUCAAUUAUGCGCCGAGACGCCGGCAGAGAGCGAAGCUCAAGAAGGAAACUAAGUGGAGGAAGAGACUUGGCAUCGGGAAGCACGAAGUGCCUCAUUUGGAGGAUGGGAUUAAGGAAUUGGAGGACGAUUAG